CUUCAGCAAAGGGCACCCAGCAUCUCUGCCCUCACUGAUCCAUGACAAAGUCCAAAAUGAACCACUCUUGGAUGUAUAACCUGAGCUUUGGUGCACCUGCACAUCCUGUUGAGCCAAGGGCUGGACUCUCACGAAGUGGGCACACAGUAGUGGCUGUUUUUCUUGGAUUAAUCUUGUUUUUUGGUUUCUUGAAUAACUUGAUUGUCCUCAUCCUCUUCUGCAAGUUUAAAACCCUGCGUAACCCAGUCAACAUGCUUCUCCUGAACAUCAGUGUCAGUGACAUGCUAGUGUGCAUCUCAGGCACUACCCUCAGUUUUGCAUCCAACAUCCGUGGCAAAUGGAUUGGAGGGGACCAUGCUUGUAGGUGGUAUGGCUUUGUCAAUUCCUGCUUUGGUGUCGUGUCCCUGAUCUCCCUGGCUGUGCUGUCCUAUGAGCGCUACAGCACGCUCACCCUGUGCCACAAGCGCAGCGAUGAUUUCCGCAAGGCUCUGCUGGCAGUUGGUGGUUCUUGGAUUUAUUCCUUGGUCUGGACCGUGCCACCUCUUCUUGGUUGGAGCAGUUAUGGGGUCGAAGGCGCAGGCACAAGCUGUUCAGUACGCUGGUCCUCAGAGUCGGCGGAGUCCACGUCCUACAUCAUCUGUCUCUUCAUCUUCUGCUUGGCUGUCCCCGUGAUGGUCAUGGUGUACUGCUACGGGCGCCUCCUGUACGCGGUCAAACAGGUUGGAAAAGUCCACAAGAAUGCUGCCCGCAAAAGAGAAUACCACGUCCUGUUCAUGGUGAUCACUACAGUUAUCUGUUACCUGGUGUGCUGGAUUCCAUACGGGGUUAUAGCAUUACUUGCAACAUUUGGCAAGCCAGGUGCUGUGACUCCAGUUACAAGCAUCAUACCUUCCAUCCUAGCAAAAAGCAGCACGGUUUGCAAUCCCAUUAUCUACAUACUCAUGAAUAAGCAGUUUUACAAAUGCUUUCGUCAGCUUUUCCACUGCCAGCCUCCUUCCUCCACUGAUGGAGAGCCCAUCUACCAUUCCAAGGUAACUGUUAUCCAGCUGGAUCAGAGGGCGGAUGGUGGAACCGUGUGCAAUAAUGAACCACAUCCAGAAACAGACAGUAAAAUGACUUCUCUCCUGUGCCCAGAGACAACUUCAAAAGCUAUACCACCGACAUCUUAGAAAAACUGGCUCUGAUGGAAACUACAAGCCUUAACCAAAGUGUGUUUUAUUAUUUCACUGCCACAUUACCAAGCUA